CCACUUCUCACAGCCUCUUCCAACUCUUCUUGCAUUCCAGCACCCAACCAGCAAAGAAAACAACUCCGACAGAGAGGCUGUGUCAACAGGCACGGCCACAAAGGGAAGGAGCAUUGGCUGAUUAACCCCUGGACAAGAGACCAUGGCAAAGAAAGUGGCAGUGAUUGGGGCUGGGGCCAGUGGCCUGACCUCUCUGAAGUGCUGUGUGGAUGAGGGACUUGAGCCCACUUGCUUUGAGAGGACCGAAGAUAUCGGAGGACUGUGGCGUUUCAAAGAAAAUGUUGAAGAUGGCCGAGCGAGUAUCUAUCAAUCCGUCAUCACCAACACCAGCAAAGAAAUGUCCUGUUUCAGUGACUUCCCAAUGCCUGAAGAUUUUCCAAACUUCCUGCACAAUUCUAAGAUCCUGGAAUAUUUCAGGAUUUUUGCCAAAAAGUUUGAUCUUCUAAAAUACAUUCAGUUCCAGGUAUUUAUCAGCACCAGGCAUGGUUCCUGGAUCGUGGGUCGUAUCUCUGAAGGUGGCUAUCCCUGGGACCAUGUCUUCCACACCCGGUUUAGUUCCAUGCUCCGAAACGUCCUGCCACAAAUGCUUCUAAAAUGGAUGAUGGAACGACAGAUGAACCAGAGGUUCAGCCAUGAAAAUUAUGGCCUUGAGCCUCAAAACAAAUACCUUAUGAAAGAACCAGUACUAAAUGAUCAUCUUCCAAGCCAUAUACUCUAUGGAGCCAUCAAGGUGAAAUCAAGAGUGACAGAGCUCACAGAAACUGCUGCUAUCUUUGAGGACGGGACGGUGGAGAAAGACAUUGAUGUCAUUGUCUUUGCAACGGGAUAUACUUUCUCUUUUCCCUUCCUUGAAGAGUCACUGGUUAAAGUAGAGGAAAACAUGGUUUCACUGUAUAAAUACAUGUUCCCUCCUCACCUGGAGAAGUCAACCCUUGCCUGCAUUGGCCUCAUCCAGCCCCUUGGUUCCAUUUUUCCAACUGUUGAACUUCAAGCCCGUUGGGCGACAAGAGUUUUCAAAGGCUUGUGCACCUUGCCCUCAGAGAGGACUAUGAUGGCAGACAUCAUCAAGAGGAACAAACAAAAGAUUGACCUGUUUGGCAAGAGCCAAAGCCAGAUAUUGCAGACCAAUUACGUCGAUUACUUGGACGAGCUCGCCUUAGAAAUAGGUGCGAAGCCAGACCUCCUCUCUCUCGUCUUAGAAGACCCUAAACUGGCUGUGAAGCUCUACUUCGGACCCUGCAACUCCUAUCAGUAUCGUCUGGUGGGGCCUGGGCGGUGGGAGGGAGCCAGGAAUGCCAUCCUCACCCAGAAACAAAGGAUCCUGAAGCCGUUAAAGACACGCACUCUGAACCCUUCUCUCAAGUCCCCAUUCUCCUUCCUGUUGAAAAUCCUGGGGCUUCUUGCUGUUGUGGUGGCCUUUUUUUUCCAUCUUCAGUGGUUCUAAUCUGUUGGUCUAGUGCUUUUGGCUUUAUUGUCAGUCAGAACCUCUUCCCGAAAAGAGAAAAAAUAAAAGGCUAAAAGAAAAAAACAAUAAAUCUAUAUUCUAAAUCUUAGAGUUGAGAACAGCGUUAGAAGGAUAACUGUGGAAAAUUAGCAGAACAACGUCUACGCACAAAACCAAAACUGGGUCAUGAAAUGUCAUUGCCGUUGUACCCUUUCCUCCAGUUCACCAGGCUUUCCAGAAAGGACAAUGAAAUAUUGCAGGCUAAAUAGUGCUGCCAGCCCUGACGUAGGCGAGCUAUGCGGAAAACAGCAGCAUUACACAGAACGGACAGCAGGCCCCUUGGCUUCAGAAAAUUUAAGUGGUGGGUAAAUAUUUGAACUCCUGUGCGAUGUUCUGGACAGUUUUGCUGUCCAGACUCUAUUUGGUGACAAAGUCCUCAAACACGAGGUCCUGCUCCGUUUACUUGGUGGGGAAACACUCAAAAAUGCUGGAGAGAAAAAUGAGGCUAGACUUUAAAAGAAUGGCCAUGCUCAGAUGGACUUUUAGGGUUUCAUAGCGAAAGCGGAGCAUGUCUUACAUUUUUAAAUAUUUUCUUCUAUUUCUUAAAUUUUAUUCUUAUAUUUUGACAGAAACACUGCUGUAAAGCUAGAAUUAAACAUGCCAUAACAGCUAUAUGUAUAGUUAUUACUUAUCACAGACCAGACGUUGUGCUCUGCGCACAGUAUACAUACAUUAUAUUACUUCAUUCUGUGAGAUACGUGCAGCCAUUAUACCCAUUUUGCAGAAAUGAAGGUGAGACUCAGAGCAGCCGGGUAACAGGCAGAAGAUGAUACAGCUGGGAUUGGAACUGGA